AUGCCUGCUAUUACCUUGUCCAAUGGCGCCGCUCCGGCGGCUGACACUUCCAUCGACUUACCACUGUUCGACAUCUCGCAAGAGUCACCCGCGCUGGCCAGAGAACUUGUCGAAGCUGCUGCAAAACAUGGAUUUCUCUGGAUCUCCGGAUCACCAGCCUCAUCGACGUCGUCAAACAGCGGGGACAGAGUCACACACGAUCUCGAUGCUUCCACUGUCCAGAAUGUCUUCAAUAUCGGCAGCCGUUUCUUCAAAGAAGCCAGCGAUGCCGAAAAAUUGGCUUGCAAGAUCACGAAAAAUCGCGGCUUUGUCGACAUGAAGGUCGAGAAUUUGGACCCGCAGAGCCACGCGAGGGGGGAUUUCAAACAGUGUUUCAACCUCGCAGAACCCGAGCCCGAGACGUCUGCAUGGCGCCAACCACUGCCGCCACAGUUCUCAGAGCCUGACGCGGACGCUGCACUGCGCGACUUCCACGCGCGCUGCAGAGCCAUGGCCACACGGCUUCUGCGCUUGAUCGCCAUGGGCCUGGGGAUCGAAGAUGCCAACUGGUUCGUCCCGUGUCACGACCACUCACCACAGACAGUCCGCCUGCUGUACUACCCUCAACUACCCUCCAACACGGACUAUAACGCCGAAGCCGACAUUCGAGCCGGCGCGCACAGCGAUUAUGGCAGCAUCACUCUCCUCUUCACGCGACCGGGCCAGCCUGGGCUGGAGAUCCUGAAGGACGACGGCCAAUGGGCCCGCGUGCCCGUUUCUCCGCCUGGAUACCACGACCCUGCCUUCCCGCCUAUCGUCGUCAACAUAGGCGACCUCCUACAAUUCUGGACAAACGGCCUCCUCAAGUCGACGGUUCACAGGGUCGUUCUGGUAGAACAAGAAGAUGCGGCCGCGUCCAAUAAUGGACCUGCAUCCACGAAUCCGACCUCAGCUUCCGGCCCGUCGGGUCACCUCGGACGCGACCGCUUCUCCAUCGCCGUCUUCGUGCAACCUGCCGAUGAGACCGUGCUUGUCCCGGUCCCAUCACAGGCUGUCGAAGCCCGGGCCGCGGCGUUUCGAAAGGCCGUCAUCGGACGAGGCGGCGGCUCCGCCACGGCCGAAACGCUGGGCAAAAUGACAGCCGGAGAUCACUUGCUCGGCCGCCUUAGAGCUACUUAUGGCGUUGCUGUGGCUGGGUGA